AUGGACUGGGACCAAAACGAUAUGCGCUCGCGCUUCUGUCACGCUCUUUCAGAAAUGUAUAAGACCGAAGUUCCCCUAUACGGAGACCUCAUCGACGUAGUGUGGGAAGCAGACGCGAAAGCAAUCCAAGACAGCCAGACGAACGGCAGUUCCAAAAUCAUCAAUCCAGAUGAUGUUCUGCCCUCACGGCAUCGUGUUGAGAGACAUGGCGCUAUUCGAUUAGGAACGGCGCAUGAGCUCGCCACAAUCCGUCGGAUGUUUGCUGUGAUGGGUAUGCAUCCAGUGGGCUACUAUGAUCUUAGCCUUGCGGGGUUCCCUAUGCACGCUACUGCAUUCCGCCCGAAAACCCAAGAAUCCCUCGAUAAGAACCCAUUCCGUGUGUUCACGACGGUUUUGCGAAUGGAACUAUUGACAGAGAAGACCCGGGCGCUGGCCCAGAAAGCACUGGAGCAGAGGAAUAUUUUUACUCCAAGGCUCAUGGGUCUUUUGGAUAUUGCAGAGUCUCAAGGAUACAUGACGCCGGAGCAGUGUACGGAGUUUAUCACAAAUGGUCUUGAGACAUUCCGAUGGCACUCAAAAGCGACUGUCACACUUGACGAAUACGACCAGCUGAAAGCUGAGCAUCCUCUUAUCGCCGACAUUGUCUCUUUUCCCAGUUCACAUAUCAACCACUUAACGCCUCGGACCAUUGAUAUCGAUCUUGUUCAGCAGUUGAUGUUGGACCAUGGGAUGCCUGCCAAAGAACGCAUCGAAGGACCGCCGAAACGCACAUGCCCAAUACUUCUGCGGCAGACAAGCUUCAAGGCACUUGAAGAAACUGUCUAUUUCCGGGAUAUAUCGGGGUCCUACGUGAAAGGCUCACAUACAGCAAGGUUUGGUGAGGUUGAGCAAAGAGGCUAUGCUCUGACCCGGGAAGGGCGGCAGUUAUAUGACCAAAUUCUGGAGCGAGUCAAUGUAGACUCUGUGAAGAGAGGAUUGAAGGGAAGUGAUUAUGACAAGUUAUUGGAAGAUCACUUUGAAGAGUUUCCUGACAGCCUCUCAAAGCUCCACGACUUGAAGCUGGCAUAUUUUUCCUAUCAGGUGACGCCACUGGGUGACCAGCUGGCUCAACAAGGCAUAUCAGAGGCUGAACUUUCGCUUCAUGAUCUUCUCAGCAACGGGAUUCUAAAUUAUAAGCCUCUUACAUACGAAGAUUUCCUACCACUAUCUGCGGGCGGUAUCUUUAAUUCCAAUCUUGGCAGUGUCUCUCAGUCAAAGGAUCUUAUAACGAGCGCCGAUCCAGACCUCGAUGGCUUCCAGCGAUUCCUUGGGACGUGUGUGGCAGAUGAGUUCCACCUUUAUGCCGAGAUGCAACAGGAAUCAUUGGAGGGUUGUCGGCAGAAACUACAGCUGGGGGCUAUUUUAUUAUAG